UAGGGAGCAGGCUGCGAUUCAGGACUCGCUUCCUGUGGACGUGUCGAUUCCUGCAUCACUUCCUGCGUUCCCGGGUCGGUUUAUUCAGAAUCAUAAUAAUAAUAACAACUUACAGUGUGUUGUAGAGGACUUUAUGUCAGAGAUGAGUCCCUCAGGCGUGGACACUGACACACUUUGUCUGUUUGAUGUGGACGGAACAUUAACCGCAGCUCGGCAGAGAGUGACUCCACACAUGCAGGAGUUCCUGAGUAAACUGAGACGGCUGGUUCGAGUCGGAGUCGUUGGAGGUUCAGAUCUGAACAAGAUCAAGGAGCAGCUGGGUGAAGAUGUAAUCGAGCAAGUGGACUAUGUUUUUGCUGAGAACGGUUUAGUGGCCUACAAAUUCGGGAAGCUCCAUUCUGUACAGAGUAUUCAGUCGUAUCUCGGGGAGGAGAUUUUACAGGAUUUCAUCAACUUCUGUUUAGAUUACAUGGCCAAGAUCAGACUGCCCAAGAAAAGAGGAACGUUUAUCGAGUUCCGGAACGGGAUGCUGAACGUCUCUCCGAUUGGCCGGAGUUGCAGUCAACAGGAGCGAAUCGAAUUCUUCGAGCUGGAUAAGAAGGAAAGGAUCCGAGAGAAAUUUGUGGCCGUUCUGAAAGAACAGUUUGGGGGCAGAGGACUGGCUUUCUCUAUCGGAGGACAGAUCAGCUUCGACGUGUUUCCAGAAGGUUGGGAUAAACGUUAUUGCCUGGGAAUCGUAGAGGACGACGUGUACAAGACCAUCCAUUUCUUUGGGGAUAAAACCAAACCAGGAGGAAAUGAUUACGAGAUCUACACAGACCCCCGAACCAUCGGUCACGAGGUCACAUCACCCGAGGACACACAGCGGCUCUGUGAGGAGCUCUUCUUCAGCUGAGUGAAGGAGCUGCGCUGACGCUGUCUCUUAAACGUCACGUUACUAUAAACGUAGCGACUCUGGUGAUGGUGUUUACCUCUAAUUCAUCCUUUAAGUUUAAAUCUCAUCUCUCUUUGCUGCAGGCCAUCCGUGAUGAACACUGUGUACACACGCGCACACACACGAGAGCAUGUGUUUCAGGAGACCUGGUGUCUCAUCCGUCCACUGAGGAAUUUUGUGCUGCAGCUUUUAGAGAAAUUUGUGUCUGUUAAUCAUAAUCACGUUGUCAGUUUAACCCCUCAGAUUGUCUUUUAGAGAUCAGUGAAGACGACACAGACGUGGUGCUGCAUCUUCCUUGUAGAAGAGAAAUAAAGGCCCCAAGGCACAUGUUUCCAUUUAGAAAAAUAUUAAAUGCAGUCUGUGACUAUGGUGAAAUAAUCAUGCUGCUUAUGGUGUUUGUGAGAGAUUGUAGCAGAUUUGGGAUUUUAAUAAAUAAAUUCAGGAAUGAGCUUGUUUUACAGAAUACACUGAGGAAUAUAUAUAUAUAUAUAUAUAUAUAUAUAUAUAUAUAUAUAUAUAUAUAUAUAUGUGUGUGUAAAACUCAACCCCAUGCUUUUUAUUUCUUAAACGAUAGUUUCAUUAAUUUAUGAUUUGUAUUAAACUGAAAGUUAAAUCCUGGUUCUUUUAUAUUUUUUUGCCUCAAUUAAAUAGUCAGGGGGCGGCACGGUGGUGUAGUGGUUAGCGCUGUUGCCUCACAGCAAGAAGGUCCUGGGUCCGAGCCCUGUGGCCGGCGAGGGCCUUUCUGUGCGGAGUUUGCAUGUUCUCCCCGUGUCCGCGUGGGUUUCCUCCGGGUGCUCCGGUUUCCUCCACAGUCCAAAGACAUGCAGGUUAGGUUAACUGGUGACUCUAAAUUGAGCGUAGGUGUGAAUGUGAGUGUGAAUGGUUGUCUGUGUCUAUGUGUCAGCCCUGUGAUGACCUGGCGACUUGUCCAGGGUGUACCCCGCCUUUCACCCGUAGUCAGCUGGGAUAGGCUCCAGCUUGCCUGCGACCCUAUAGAACAGGAUAAAGCAGCUAGAGAUAAUGAGAUGAGAUUAAAUAUUCAGGUAAUAAACUCAGACUUCACACCUUAUUUCACAAACACUUCCUUUUUAUUUUACAUUCUCAAAACGGUGUACAGUCACAGGAGACUGAGGAUUUUACUGGGAUUCAGACUCCAGUCUGUUAAAAUCACGUGGACUGAAAACGUCUAAAUGCUGUUCAAGUCACGUAAAAUCACUUCUAGAGUGGAGAUGGGACUGGAGCACUGUAUAACAGAAUAACGUGUAAAAUCAUAUCCUGUUAUUUUGAAUUAUGGUUCUGAGAAAAAUUGGCAAAAAUGUAAAUGUAUUAAACAUGCUGCAGAAAAAAAAAUUAAAUAAUUCUUAUACAAAA